CCAAACCAUCACGAUGAUUGUACUCAAUCGUGUCGAUAUCGCUGUAACAGCUCUAUCCCUUGUUCUUCUCUUCUCUUUAUACUUCUUCAGCCGGAGAAGUACUCACAAGAACCUCAGAGGUCCACCUGCUCCGUCCUAUCUGCUGGGUCUUGAGUACGAGUUACAAACAAAGACCUUUGAAGAGGGCUUUGUCAGAUGGUCAAAGGAGUACGGAACUGCCUACAGACUUCAAGGGUGUCUUGGGGAAACCAUGCUCGUGGUAUCAGAUCCGCUAGCGAUACACCGUAUACUACAUGAAUCGUUACAAGACUAUCCUGCAGCCGCGGAUGUCAGGAGAUUGUUUGAGAUGAUCUUUGGAAAGGGUGUGAUUUCGGUUAAAGGCGAAGAUCAUAAACGACACCGAAGAGUAUUAGGCCCUGCCUUCUCUAUCAACCAUAUGCGACAGUUCUUGCCGUUGUUUCAGCGUCACGUCAAUCACCUCUCGGAAAAAUGGGACACCGUACUUCAGGGAAAGACUCAAACCAUCGAUAUCAUCCUUUGGCUCCAUAAAUUAGCUCUCGACAUCGUCGGAGAAAGCGCAUUUAACUACCACUUCGACGCGCUCAAUAACAAACCUAACGAGCUAACAACAGCACUCUACGCCUUCGAGAAACUCGCAGGAGAACACACUCCAACGAUGACCCUAAUCCAGGCCAUCCUACGCCAUAUCCCAGACUCGAUCGUAUCAUGGAAAACGAAGCACUUCCCGUUUCACGGGGACAAAGUCGUUAAACGGUUUCUAGAAGUAUCGAAUGAGAAAGCGAGAGAAUUUCUUAAGAAGGCCGGAUUAGACUUGGAUCUUGACAGCAAUGAAGCGAAGGAUGAGACGGGCAUGGAACGAGACAUUCUUAGUAUUCUUGCGCGUGCAAACCGAGCAGAGGAUCCGAGGAAGAGACUAAGCGAAGAGGAGAUGUUGUCGCAGAUGUCAACUAUAAUUCAAGCCGGCCAUCAUACAACCGGAUACACUAUCUCUUGGAUACUCUACCAACUCGCUGCUCAUCCGGAAGAUCAAGCGAAGGUAUACGAAGAGAUCAGACAGGAAACCUUCCGUCUCCAUCCCCCCGUACCGAAACUCGAAAGAGAGGCAUCAAAGAACGACAUUCUCCUCUUAGACUUCCCCGUCGUCUGCCGGGAUGGAACAACGAUAGAUGCCGUCCCCGUUAGGAAGGGACAGAGGAUCAAAGUGGAUAUUACAAGUUAUAAUAGACUGGAGAGCGUAUGGGGUGAAGACGCGGAUUCGUGGAACCCUAAACGCUUCGAGCCGAUUUCUACGCACCCGAACGGCAAAGAACAAACUCAAGUCGGACUCUUCGCGAAUGUUCUGACGUUCAGUGGCGGGCCGAAAGGUUGUCUUGGGUGAGUUAUGGAUGGCCAUUCAUGGAUUUGUCCCGUUUUCCCGUUUUCCUGGCUUCACUCGCUCCCGCUCACUCCAGUGUUCAAUACCAUCUAGUUGGCGAUUCGCGUACGUCGCUAAGCUUUUUGUUUCCCCAUCAGAAUUGUUCAGUCAAACUCAUAUCAUGAUUCAUCCAUCCAUCCCUAGCUUAAUGGAAUUACAGGCUAUGACCGUGGGUUUAGUCGAACGAUACGAAUUUUCGACUGUUACGGAUGUGGAAAUCGAAGCAGGAAGUAUCGGGUCCCAAACUGCCGUGAUGGUUGUUCCAUCUGUCAAGGGAAAACAUAUGGAAGGGCCUAAGCUUCCGCUGAAGGUGACAGCGAGGGCGGCAGUUUGAGUAUUGAUGUUAUUUAAAUUUACAUUCAUCUUCGCCCAAAUUCCCAUGCAGAUGACUGGGGACCAGAAGCCGAAGCAUAGGUAUAAUCGUCUGAUGUGUAUGCCAAUCCUUGAACGAAUUGAUCGAGGCA